UAAAGCGUGCUUUUUAUAUUAGUCUCUAACAUUAAACUUUAUUUCGCAAAUUAAGUUCUUGUUUAAUGGUUUGCGUCUACGUUUUUAGUGAUUCUCUUCAUAUACAAUUCCUUUGCUUACAUUAUAAUUUUAAAUCCUAGUAAUUCUUAACAAAUAGUCUGGUUUUUUGUUUUUCCAAAGGACGCAAUGUAUCCCGAGACUCACACCGGGUACAGCUAUGAGGAAUGCAGGGCUACAGCUGACUGGCUGUUGGCUCAGACUGCAGUGCGCCCACUUGUGGGCAUUGUUUGUGGCUCUGGUAUGGGCGGAUUGGCCGACACGCUAAAAGAUCAGGUGGCCUUCAACUACAAAGACAUUCCCAACUUUCCCCAAAGUACAGUGCAUGGACACGCAGGGCAACUUGUGUUUGGGACUCUGAAAGGAAGUCCAUGUGUCUGCAUGCAAGGCCGUUUCCAUCUCUAUGAGGGAUACCCCAUGCAAAAGAUCACUCUGCCCAUGCGGAUAUUUAAGCUGCUCGGAGUACAGACAGUGAUCCUAACCAAUGCUGCAGGAGGCCUCAAUGAGGACUUCAAGGUGGGAGACAUCAUGAUCAUUAAAGACCAUCUGAACAUGCCCGGAUUUGCUGGCAACAAUCCACUGAUAGGACCUAAUGAUGAAAGGUUCGGUGUGCGUUUCCCCUGCAUGUCUGAUGCCUAUGAUCGUGAGCUGCAACAGCUGGCUAUGGACAUUGGCAACGAGUUGGGUUAUGGUGAUUUUCUCAGGGAGGGGGUCUACUGUGUGCUCGGGGGACCCUCAUUUGAGACCAUUGCUGAGUGUCGCAUGCUGCACAAACUGGGAGCUGAUGCUGUUGGGAUGAGCACAGUUCACGAAGUGAUUGUGGCGCGUCACUGUGGAAUGCGCGUCUUCGCUCUGUCUCUGAUAACCAAUCAGACGGUGAUGGACUAUGACAGCGAGGAAAAGGCCAACCACGAGGAAGUUCUCGAGACUGGAAAAUCGAGGGCGGAGCAACUGGAGAGGCUGGUGUCCACCAUGGUCACUCGCAUUGGGCACAACAACUAUUGCUAAACAAAACUUAAAGGGGAGUUUUCUGAUCACCAGAAAAGUGAGCUAAACUUGAUCAUAUGCUCAGUUUCAUUUCUGUGAGAGAUUCAGCGUGUCAACACUGAAAACGUGUUCAAUGCAUUGCUGCAUGAUUGCUUCUAUACUGUAGAUGCGAUGUCUGGUGCGUUUACUUUUUAAAAAAAAAUUAUUUAAUACUCCUGAAGUGCACAAAUAUCAUUCAUAUUUAUUGUGUUUCUGGGCAUGUACAUUCCUUUUAGAGUAAGAGAAACAAGCUGUCAUAUGUAGAAUGUGUCUUAAACAAUGAAUGAUUGUAUAUGUCUAAUCUUAAUUCUAAGUAAACUAGUUGCUUUAUGAAAGCCCAUUGCUGUACAUUAGAUGUAGAGAUUGGUUGUGUAUCGUGUCUUUUUUGUUUUGUUUUUUUAACAUUAAAGUUUUAUUUAUUACUAUA